AUGCCUCUCUUCGGACACAAGAACACAGACCCAACCCCUGCGCAGACGACUGCGCCCAGGUACUCGAACUCGUCUGCCGAUGGUAGCCCUCGAAGAGGGUUCUUCAACCGCCGUCGUUCUUCCUCUGCCUCAUCCGGAGACUACGACUCGCAUAACCGCCGUCAUGGAUCCAAGGUCUCUCGCGGGUCGACACGAGGCUCUGGAGGUUUGUUCCACCGUAACCACGAAGACCCUUCUAUCAUUGCGGCACGGGAGCGAGUCCUUUCGGCCGAGACUGCCGAGCGAGAGGCCGAUCGUGCCCUUGUCCAGGCCAGAGCAGCAGUGAGGGAGGCCAGGGACCGUGUCAAGAUGCUCGAACGUGAGGCUGAGGAAGAGGCUCGCUUGGCCAAGAUCAAGCAGAACCAAGCCAAGGACAUUUCGAAGAGAGCUAAGCCUCUUGGACGUCACGACCACUAUUGA